GAUUACUGCAGAAAAGCCCAGUGCGGCAAUCAUGGAAACUGCACUAACACGAGGGUGGGUCACAAAUGCAAUUGUCAAGGUCUGUACACUGGAAUUAACUGUAGAUUCAUCAAUCAAUCAGAUCACUGCCUGAGUAAUCCGUGCAAAAACGACGGUGAAUGUUCUCUAAACUAUUGGUCCUAUACCUGCAGAUGCAAGCCUCCGUAUUCUGGCAGCAACUGCCAAGAUUAUUGUGAAGAAGUGAAGCCAUGCAAGAAUGGGGCUGUCUGUAUCAAUUCAGUGCGGACUGGUUAUGAAUGCCUGUGUGGGGAAGGAUUGGCUGGCAAAAACUGUGAACUAAUCACUGGACCAUGCGAUGUUAGCAGAUGUGAGAAUGGAGGGAUGUGCUCGAUGAAUGCAGAACAACACAUCUGCACCUGUCCCGAUUCUUUCUAUGGAGAUAGAUGCCAAUUUAGGAGUCAGUGUACUUCAAAUCCAUGCAAGAACUUUGGCAGAUGUGUCGACGAACGGGAUGGCAGCUAUACAUGCAUCUGUUCAGAUAUUUAUGAAGGAGAACUUUGCGAAUUCCACAGUGAGCUGGCAGACAGCUGUUCAUCCUACCCUUGCAAGAAUGGAGGCACAUGCCUUGUUGUUGAUGAUGAGAACUUCCGCUGCAUAUGCAGACCACCAUUUUACGGCGUCCAUUGUUCCAUAAAAAGUGUGGAGGUCAACCCUUGCGCGUCUGAUCCCUGCCAGAAUGGGGGUGAGUGUGUGAGCUCGAUCGAUCGAAAAACGUUCGCCUGCCAAUGUUCCCGGAAUUAUCUUGGACAAUAUUGCGAGUUAAGAAGUGUGUGUUGGUGUGUGUGUGUGUUGGUGUGUUGUGUGUGUGUGUGUGUGUGUGUGUGUGUUUAG